AUGCGUUUCUCCGUCGGUAUCGUCGCUGUCUCGGCUGCUCUCGCCAGCGCCAGCAUUGCCCCCUCUGGCAACCCCGUUGGAUCGGAUGAGACCACCACUCUCACCUCCACCACCUACAAGACCACCACUGUCACUGAGUGCGCUGCUACCGUGACCAACUGCCCUCUCAAGAGCAGCACCCAGGUCCCUGUUGUCACCAUUCCCACCACAACCCCCGUGGUGACUCCCUCCAGCAGCAAGGUCACUCCUUCGUCCUCGAAGGUCACCCCCUCUUCCUCCGCUGUCAGCUCCAACUCUCCCCACUGGUCUGUCAACACCACCACCACUGUUCGCCCUACUGGCGGUGUUCCCACCACUAUACUCCCUACCACCUCUGCUGCUGCCACCACCGGCAACAACAGCCCCAACCAGCCCGGUACCAGCGCUGUCCCUACUGCUGGUGCCUCUGGCCUCGCCGCUUCUGGUCUCCUGGCCAUCGCCGCCUUCGUCGCCCUUCUCUAA